AUGGCAUCAUACAGGUCAAAGUCUCCAUCGACCCCUUCUGAGGGUGAGAUCAUCGAAUCAGGUUUGGAGAUGAAGGCAACUACGUCAAAAACUUCUCUUAAUGACACCAACGUUGACCGUAAAACCAGAGUCAGUACCUCUUCGGCGCCCAGGUCCCGAUCGCCAACAUCCCUGAGUACUAGUCGAUCGCCACGCCGGCGAAGAUCCAGAUCCAGAACAUCGCGAUCAUCGAGAAGCCGUUCCUGCUCCCCUUAUCGAAACUACAGAGGAAAUAAACGCAGGCGGGAGGAUGAUUAUUAUGACGACAGACGAUACUAUCGGCAGGAGCCGCCGCCGCCACCGCGACAGCGUGCAGGACAGAGGCACGAUGGCAGAUAUCAUAGGCGAUCUAACUCCUACUACGACUAUGAUCGGGAAGAAGGAUAUGGCGGUGGUCUGAAAUACACGGAUGACUACGACCGUCGUGAGGAGAAGCGGCACCGGAGUCGAUCCCCGUACCGUGAUUCGUACCACGAAGUUAGGAGACCCAAGCAAUAUUCCGGUGAUGAGUGGAAUGGGAGCAUAGGCCCGCGAGGCUUCAAAGAACGAAGGCCAUCUACUGAACAGUUAGUGAGCGAACGAGGAAGCGUUCGAUUCGUCGCUCAGACUUCUAAACAAGAUGCUGAAAUUCGGGAGAACCAGGUUCAGCAACAGGCUUCUCAUGCUAGCUCUCGUGUUGUAGAUAGGUAUGUCGUUCGAGGUCUUUAUGUAUUGACAUGUCAAGCCAAUACUGAUGAGCCCAGUGUGCCUACUGAAUCACAGGAACAGCAACCUGCCGAGGCAGUCGACGAAGCAGCUCAACUGGAAGCCCGUCGGAAGCGACGUGAAGCCAUCAGAGCGAAAUACAAAAGCCAGGCUACGCCUCUACACCUGCAGGCAGUCCACGCCGGGGACUCCGACUCUUCGACACCAGGCGCAGAUUCAAACCGUGCUAGUGCAAGCCAGACUGCAUCGGUUUCUCCUCAGUUAACCCCCGUCCAGACACCCAGUGAAAACACGGCAGAUCCAUUCCCGGAUUUCGAGGUUGGCAAGGAUGCCGAUUUGAUUAACGACACUGCACCUGUAGAUGGUGUUGAAAAGGACGAACCAUCGGCAGCAGACUACGAUCCGACUUUUGAUAUGAAAGAAGAUCGAGAGAAACACGGCCCUAGUCAGGAAACCUCAUCGGCCGCGUAUGACGAGACGCAGCCUGAUAAGCAAGAGAUUCUGAUGCCUGAUGUGACUGAAAAUCCACCUGCACCGGCUAGGACGAAAGAUCCCUACGAUAUGUUUGCGGAAGAUGACGAUGAUAUGUUUGCCGAGGAAACGCAGGAACCAACAAAUUCGGCGCAUGCAGCGGCUGUACCUCAACCGCAGGAGCUAGACAUCAGCAUGAUGGACAACUGGGACGACCCUGAAGGGUAUUACAAUGUCCGACUUGGUGAGCUUAUCAACGGCCGGUACCAUGUGCAGCAGAAUUUGGGUAAGGGGAUGUUUUCGUCUGUUGUGCGAGCUACGGAUUCCAAAACGGGCGGACUGGUUGCGGUCAAGAUCAUUCGACAGAAUGAUACGAUGAAGAAGGCAGGUAUGAAAGAGAUUGGCAUUCUGGAACAGUUGAUGGAGGCGGAUCCUGAAGAUAAGAAGCACAUGAUCAAGUUCGUGCGGUACUUUGACCACAAAGGCCAUCUAUGCAUGGUGUUUGAAAAUCUCAGCAUGAACCUGCGAGAGGUAUUGAAGAAGUUUGGACGAGAUGUGGGCCUCAAUCUCCGAGCCAUCCGGGCGUAUGCGCACCAGAUCUUCCUUGGGCUGAGCCUGAUGCGCAAGUGCAACAUUCUGCAUGCGGAUCUGAAACCGGACAAUCUCCUGGUGAACGAACAACGCAAUGUCCUUAAAGUGUGCGACCUAGGAUCGGCGUCGCCGGUGUCCGACAACGAAAUUACACCGUACCUGGUCAGCCGUUUCUACCGGGCACCGGAGGUUAUCCUCGGGAUUCCCUACGACUACGGGAUCGACAUGUGGUCGAUUGGCUGUACGCUAUUUGAGCUGUACACGGGCAAAAUUCUGUUUACGGGCCGAAACAACAAUCAAAUGCUACGGUCAAUUAUGGAAUGCCGUGGCAAAUACCCGCCGAAGUUGCUGCGACGGGGCACCCUGGCGCACCUGCACUUUGACGACAUGCUCAAUUUCCGGAGUACGGAAGAGGACAAGGUGACCGGGAGAAUUGUGACGCGGGUGCUGGACUUCAAGAAACCAACGCGGGAUCUAAAGACGAGGUUGAUGGGUCAUGACACGAGGCUGAGUGACGGGGAGGCGAAGGAAUUGAAUCUGUUUGUGGAUCUGUUGGAGCGGUGCCUGAGCCUGAAUCCGGAGAAACGGUGCACACCGACGGAGGCGUUGCGACAUCCGUUUAUUUUGCGGCCUAAGAAUUGA